AUGCCGUUCUUCACCCGUGUCUUUCGGAGUAAAGACUCCAAUGUUGUGAAGAAAGCCCCCAAAAACCCCAUAGUCGAGGACUCGGGGCCCGCUAAACCCACAUGGACCGACGCGUGGCAGCGAACGGAAGUGGCCCCGGAGGAAGUUCAUGAGCUCCUUCGAGGUUGCACUCAGGAAUUGAAAGCGCGCGCCCUCCAUACCCCAUUUCUCCUCCUACCCUUCCGCCCCAGCUCCGAUGCCAGCGCUGCCCGAACCUUCGUCCGCAAUUAUUUCAGUCAGUCGGUCGAGAGAGGAUCUCCCCUCAACGGCGAGGCGUUGGCGCAAGAACUACGGCUCACAGAUCCGCUGGUCUUGUGCGGUGUAUUAAAAUGGUGCUGGAGCAGACUUCCUGGAGGAGUUGUUACCUGGGAAGCUUAUGAGCUCUUCAAGGUCGGCGAACAAGACUCGCAAUUUGCUCCCGACGCCUUCUCCACAUUCAUUCCCAUCAGUGUCGAUUCGGACGCCCGCAGCCAAAUCAUCUUCGAUUUCUUCGACCUUCUCACCGCAAUCGCAGCUCAUGGCAAAUCCAACGGUCUCGGAGGACGAAAGCUCUCGCGGUAUGCCGGCUGGUGGGCAUUCGAGCAUACGGACACCGGAAAUGGAUUCGAGGCGGCAUACAAGAACUGGUCCACUGCCGCAGAUGCGACGAGCCAUUUGUUCUUUGCUUAUCUACGCUCCCUGUCCCCUGAAACUCGUGGAAUGGGCGGUAUUUCUACCCUGCCUAUUGCCCUUCAGACUCUGGUCCAAGCUACCGAGUAUCCGCCGGAGACGCCCACGCUCCUCCAAGUUUCAACCACCAAGGUCGUCAUGAUUGUCGACACCGUCUCGCCCACCCCAUUUGCUCUUCUACGCCGCGCCAAAAACUUUGAGUAUCGGGAUAGUGACCACCAUCUCCAAGAGUUCGCCAGCUUCGAAGAUCCCCUCCGGGCUUUAACUGACGAGUGUGUCCGCGUACUGAAGUGCAUUUCGUCUACGAACCAAUCCAGCGUGACAGAUCCCACUUCUUCGGCCCAGGACGCGUCAUGGUCAAGGUUCGAGGACAUGGGUUUCGGAAGCACCCUCGACACCGAUCUUGAGGAGGACAGGAAAUCGGCUUCCCUGGCGAGAAGAGAGUUUGGAGGCGGUCUCAAAUCGGCACCCCAGUCCGGCGCCGGCGAUCUUGGUCGUCCCACCACUCCAUCCUGGGCUGAUUUCAUGUCCUCCGGUUUCAGUGACGAGAACCCCUUCAAAGCCCCCGUUACCCCCGUGCUUCUUCCACCAGACAAGGUCCUCCCGCCUAUCGCGAUGGACCGGGGUCAAAGUUCUCAAUCGCAUAAACGCAACCUUGAUAGCGAGCCAUCGAUCGAUCCCGGAGAACUAGCCAGUAUCACGACCCUCGACCUGGAUGACUCCUUCUGGUGGGUGUGGAUUAGCAGUCUUGCGGGCGAGGAGCCGGUCUCUCGGAAGGCUGUCUUUGGACGAUGCGCCUUGCUCGAAACCGUCAUCAAGAACACGAAGUGGUUGGUUCUGGAGGAACAGGUCAAAGGGGCUGCCCCAGAGCCCGAACCUGGCGCAUAUAUCGUCGAGAAGAAGCGAUUCUUCGGAUUCUCUACGCGCAAGCGACUUGGCCGUCGCAAGUCCUCCGCCCGGAAGGUAAACGCUGUGGAGGAAUCAUACAAACGACCUGAUAACCAGGCGCCUCAAAGCAAGACAAGUAUUGCUCCAGAUCAGCAUGCUCGCAUUCAAGCCGCUGCUGCCGCUUUGCAGAGACGCCAUCGGGAGCAGGAGCAAGAAGCGACUAAUGGGUCCAGAUCGAACGCCCGGGACACGACGUAUUCGAAGACCAAUUCGGUCAUGACAUUGCAGCCGUCCAUUGUGAACGAAGCGUCGCACGCUUUGAAAUGGGCCAGUAACUACGACAAGAAUACCUAUCGGACGGCUUACUUGAGCAACAGCCGUGCAGGAACUGGUGCCCUGACCGAAGAGCCGAACGAGUCAGUAAAGGACAAGCCUGCUCCUCCAGCAUCCCCGUCCCCAAGCACCAGCACGAAACAACCCCCUCCGCCGGUGCCAAAGGAUAGUGUUUCGCGCUCGACAACCCCUCAGCCCCCUGUCAAGGACGCAAGCGGUGUGCCGGAAACCAACACUGAAGGCCGGAACGGCGGAGUCAGUGCUCCAGUAGAACCAGCAGCUACUACUGACUCACUUCCCCGAAAGUCUGUGGAGUCGACGGAAGACUCUAAGGGCAAGCUGAAGAAGAAAUCUGGUCCUACUGGAUUCAAGAGCAUGUUCGGAACGACCAAGAAGAAGACCGACAUGGAUUCCAAGCCUCCCAUGAAACCUACUGGUGCUGAACGAUCCGCCGUCGCUGCUGCACGUGCCGCUCUCGAAAACAAGGCAAAGGCUUCUCAAGAGCAGACCACUCGCCCGUCCACCUUGAGAAAGAAACCUGUCCCUCAAGCUCCAUCUGAGGAGGCUCCCAAGGCUAGGGCCGAGAUGCCUGUUCCUUCGAGAGAAGAGGAGCCGGCCUCGGAAUCUGUGGAGACCAAGGCGCUCCCUCAAGAACCGCCUCAGAACUCUAACCUAGAUGGGCCUCCAAGAAACCCCCGUGAGGCUGAAUACGACGCACUCUCGCGCGUGGAUACCAACGAGCGUGCAGCCGCAGACCGCGAGUUCUCCAAAUUUGACCAGGGUCCCCUACUUGAUCAGCCCGCAUUCGUCCCCGAGGACUCUCACGUGUCGGAAACCUCCUCCCAGAAAGAGGAGAAGGAAAACGAACCUCCUACGACUGAUGAAGCUCCAGAGCCCACGACAGCCACAGAACCUGAGGACAGCGCGCCCGCCGUCCCCAGCUCCUAUGACCGGUGGGCUCAGAUUCGCAAGAACGCCGCCGAGAGAGCUGCUGCCCUUGAUCACCCACGAGACAGCGAAGAUGGCGGUAACACGAGUGAAGAAGAGAGCUUUGAGUCGCGUGCGGCUCGUAUUAAGGCCCGAGUCGCCGAACUGACGGGCAACAUGCAGACCACUCGAUAA